GUAGCACUGUAUAACGCCGAUGUUAAAGUUAGUGUGCUUGCGCCACGCCAGCGUUGUACAUUAAUAGUGCUCAGUUUUUUCAAUUCGUGAUUCUUCCUUUCUCUAUCUUUUUUGUUUUCUUGGUUUUCCAUCAUUCUCUGACUGUCUUUCAACCUUCUUGUUUAUUUUUUUAUUCCUUUAUAUCUGUAUUUAUUAGUUUUGUGAGCACUGCAGUAUUCUGUUAUACAUUAGUGAAGCUUUUCAGUGACUAUUUAUUCAUCAAUUGUUCUAAGGAGAAGAAGCGAAGAAAGAUGAACAAAGUCUUUAGACCGAGAUUUGUAACUCUAUGCAGCAUCAUUUUAUUAUUGUGCUGCAACGGUGGCAAUGCUAUGCAAUGUUAUCAGUGUAACAGCCGCAAUAAUAGCCAAUGUGCCGAUCUUAUUCCUCCAGAUACCAUGAAAAUAGAUUGCUCAGAACUUAAAGAUGGUGCAAAGUACACAAUGUGCCGAAAAAUUACACAAGUCAUCGAGUUUAGUGUUAAUGGCUUACCACCAGAUAUGCGAGUUAUUCGAGGAUGCGGAUGGGAUGAAUCAAAUUAUAAAGGCAAAUGCUAUCAACGCAGUGGCUUUGGUGGUAGACAAGAAGUUUGCUCCUGUUUAACUGACUAUUGCAAUUCGGCAAUGCCUGGAUCCGGAAUUUGGUCUCAACGUCUUAUUUUUUCAUGCAUCUUGAUCAAUCUAUUGCUAAUGUUUUCGUGGAACUAGAUAUUCUUAGAAAAUAUUCGAAUUCGUUGGAUUUAAUUAUAAAACUAUAAUGAAGAUUAGAAAGAAAGGUUAUUAGGAAUAAUACUAAUAAUAGUAAGAUUAAU